UCGAAAAGUUGAGGGCGGACUCCUCUCCACCUGCUGCUGAAGACGGCGCUCCACCAACAUGGCGCCGCGGGCACGACGGGCGGCUCCCAUCGCGUGCUUCGCGCAGCGCCAGUGACGUAAAAAGCAAAGCCCGCGGUGAUUGGUCGACCAAGUUUGUUGUUCCUGGGAGGACCCUGUUGAUUGUUGACCGGCGUAACUCCGCUGCCCACGAAGCGAACGAUCGAGUGCCAAGCGAUGGACACGACCGGCAGCGGGACGCGAGAGCGCUGAUCGUGGCCGCGCUGCUGGAGCCGGGCACCGCGGCUCUGUCGCCCAGCAUGGCCGCGCGUGAGCAGCUUGACUCGGCCGGUGCGAAAGGGAGUCCGGCGGAUGCAUGGAAGCACCACAUCAUCCGGCAGCUGAAGCACCGGGACAGGGCGCAGAAGACCCUCUACCAGGACCUCAUACGGUCGUACAUUAAGCUGUUGGAGAAGUCCAACCAAAAGGUGUUUAUCGCCCAAGGUCUGCUGGGCUCAGUUGCAAGGCACCAGUUGAGCACCUCUAAAGAUUCCUUGACAUCUCUGGUUUCUCAGCAUCAAGACAAAGUGAAGAAUCUGAACAAAACAAGUGGAGAGUUGGCUUACAAGGUGCUAGAGCUUCAGCAGGAGAUAAGAAUCAAAAGCUCUGUUCUUGAAGAGCAGCAUGCCAGAAUGAGUGAGAUAAGGAGCCAGCUGGCAGCAGCAGAGGCCGAGGUGAGCGGCCUUCAGGCCCAAGUAGAGGAGGUGCGACAGGGGAACUGGCACCUGAAGCGUGAGUACGACUCCCUGCUGGAGCGGCACCAUGACAUGGAUGAGAAAUUUCGGGAGGAGAAAGUGCGGGGCUCUGAGCUGGUGGAGGACAUGAUCCGGUGGAAACAGCUGGCAGCCGUCAAGAUGAACACCAGGAAUGAGAAGAGGGUGCGAGCAAGAGAAGCUAACAUUCAGAAGGAGCUGGAGAUGGCAGCAAAGGAGAAAGUGGACAUUGACAUCGGUUCUUGUAAUAUGCCUUCAGUCAACCUGCCGUCUCCCAAGCCUGAGGUGGACGAGAAAUCUGAGAAACGCCAAACCCGAAUGUUCAGGUCAGCCUCAGCAGCUCCACCCAGGAUUUUUGAUUCUUUUAAAGAUUUCUUUGACAGGAAGAGGCGUGGUAACUCAUUGUGCAGCCUGGAAGAGGACCUCUAUGCACCUCUUAGGGUCUGCCUGGCUGCUAGAAUCCCGUGUAGAGCCAUUCACGUCCUGGAUGCACAUGAACUGAGUAUUAAUGCAGUGCGAUUCAGCUCCAUUUCCAAUUUGCUGGCUACCGGGGGCACAGACAGAGUUAUCAAACUUUGGGAUAUCAGUGCAGGCAUGUUGCAGAACAGGGGCAUAUUAGAUGGUAGUAAUGAGGGGAUAACCAGUAUUGAAUUUGACCCAACUGGCACCAAGCUUCUUGCUGCGUCAUAUGACAAAUCUGCUCUUUUUUGGAGACUGGAUGACAGUAGACCCAAGUUCACCCUGACUGGCCAUUCGCGAAAAGUGACAGCGGCCAAGUUUAAGUGCAGCCUGCGCCAGGUGGUCACCGGAAGUGCGGACAGGACGGUCAAAGUCUGGGACCUACAUCGGGCAGCUUGCAUACAGACUAUUGAAGUAUUCUCUUACUGCAGUGAUGUUGUGUGCUCCGAAUACUUCAUCAUCAGCGGACACUAUGACAGAAAAAUCCGCUUCUGGGACAGCCGGGCAGCCAGCUGCACGCAGGAGAUCCCCCUGCAGGGCAGGGUGACAUCGAUGGACCUCUGCCCCGACCACAGACAGCUGCUAAGCUGUUCUAGGGAUGAGAGCCUGCAGGUGGUGGACCUGAGGAUGAGCAAUUCCAGAAGAUCUUUCAGGGCUGAUGGAUUUAAAUGUGGGUGUGAUACCACAAAGGCCAUAUUCAGCCCCGAUGGCAGUUAUUUGGCGGCUGGAUCAGCGGACGGAGCGGUCUAUAUCUGGAACGUGAACACGGGCCACCUUGAGACAACUCUGCCCGACAAGCACAGGUGGUCGUCUUUCAUCAUCCAGCCUCACGGGGUAGAUCCGUUUGUGGACCUGCGAAGAGACCCCCUACUGAAAAUGUGUCGUCGUCACCGCCGUCGCGGUCCAACGGAGAUUACUCACCCAGAAGGGCUGCGGGCCAGCUAGACGUUCUCGCAGGUGGGUGCUGUGAUGCUUCCCUCUACCGGCUUUUUUUUUUUUUUUUUUUUGGCAUCUUCGCAUAUGGGGUGACCAGCAGGUUGCGUAACUACGUUUUCUGAACGUUUGAAUGUGUAUCAAAAAAGAGAUAUAUUUAUAAGGGUUGCUCUUGAAAGCAAAUUUCCCGCCGAUAUUAUAGUCGUACUCACACUUUUCUAACAGUUGAUAAAAGGCUGAGCUGCUUUUUUCAUACGUGCAGAAAGAGAAAUGAUCUGCAGGUGGAAUGAAGCGGUCACGUAAUGCCAUAUUUCUGGCAUGUUAGAAAAAUCCUGAAUAGGUAAAGGAGCACAUGAAGUUACUGUAAGUUUAAACAGUAUGUGUAUUGUUUAUACUUGUGUUAUGCAUCAUGUUCCACUGCACUAUAGUAACCCUAGUAAAACAAUAUUAAUACGUAUUAUUGAUUUCUUUGACAUUUGAAGAAAACGACCAAGUGAAGUUUAGCUUCUGUAAACUGACUGACCAAAAUACACAACAUAAUUAGUUUAAAGGGAACUAAAUUACUAUGUAAUUGUAAUUUUUUAUUUCUACAUGUUCUGUGGGGCUUUCAAAAUUUUUUUAAAGAUACAUAAAUGGUCCACACAACACGUGCAGCUAACUAAAGGGGAAAAAAGUACAUGUUCACCAAAACAAUGCAUUCCCUUCUUUAAUAGAACAGAACUGAGAAUUUUAUGCCCUGAGCUGUGCCUUCAAACUCAAAAGAAAAAAGUGUCAGGACCCAAAAAUGUACUGUAUGCUGUAAAGGGACUUUUUAUCUAGGGAAAAGAAUGAUAAUGAUAGUAAGACACCCUAUCUCUGUUGAAGCUGCCGGCAUUUACAGAAUGUUGCAAUUCUUAUUUUCAGCACUUUUUUUUUUUUUUUUUUUUGUUUAUUAAUUUUCGCAAAUUUUUUAGAACAGUUUGACUGGGUUUUUAAAACCCUGAGAAGCAAAGGGACUCUGUUUCAUGCUGUAUGCUGAUCUGUGAUUUUAAAAUUUCUAAAAGGGAUUUUUUUUUUUUUUCCUCCUGUUUUGGAAUUGUGGAGCUCUUUAGCAUGUAUUUCAAGCAUUAAAUCUGAUGCUUUUCUAUAGGUCACAAAGGUAAAAAGCACAAGUCAAGUCUGCAUAGUAUUUAAAAUGGCUCCAGGACACCACUUGUCAAGGUGGCAGCCAGCAGUCUCUUUGCUGUUGCUGUGGGCACAGUUUACCUAGCAAGAUGGAUUUUACAGUUUCAGCUCGGCACCCGAAGCACAUGCUUUCAGGUUUGCAUGUAUCUGUGGUACAUUCACCCGUUCGCCAGUUAGUAUAAUGCACUUUCACAUCGUUCCCUGCUAAACCACUACAC